GUCACCUGAGGAGGCUGCCAGUGACAAGAAAGGCAGACUGUUGAGGGCUCUCCUUCAAAGAGCACAAUGGCAGAAGAGUGGGGAAAACAGGCGUUUGCUGCCAGGCGGUACAAUGAAGAUACGACGAGGGGAUCUGUUUUUGUAUAUACAAACAGCAAUCAUACCAGAGAUCCCUUUGAGGGGCCCAAUUACCACAUUGCUCCUCGAUGGGUUUACAACUUGGCAACCCUCUGGAUGUUUUUUGUGGUCGUUGCAUCAGUCUUCACAAAUGGUCUCGUCAUUGUGGCCACAGCUAAGUUCAAGAAACUCCGUCACCCAUUGAACUGGAUAUUGGUCAAUCUUGCAGUCGCUGAUCUUGGAGAAACAGUUUUUGCCAGCACCAUUAGUGUAUGCAACCAGUUUUUUGGUUACUUCAUUCUGGGACACCCGAUGUGCAUCUUUGAGGGCUAUGUUGUCUCAGUGUGUGGAAUUGCUGGUCUCUGGUCCCUGUCCAUCAUCUCCUGGGAGAGAUGGAUAGUUGUGUGCAAACCUUUUGGAAAUGUCAAGUUUGAUGCCAAAUGGGCCACAGGUGGAAUUCUGUUCUCCUGGAUCUGGCCAGCAGUGUGGUGUGCUCCCCCAAUCUUUGGCUGGAGCAGGUACUGGCCUCAUGGACUGAAGACCUCCUGUGGACCUGACGUAUUUAGUGGAAGUGAAGACCCUGGAGUUCAGUCCUUCAUGAUUGUUCUUAUGCUGACAUGUUGCAUACUUCCCCUGAGUGUUAUCAUCUUGUGCUACCUGGCUGUCUGGUGGGCCAUCCAUUCUGUUGCGAUGCAGCAGAAGGAAUCGGAGUCAACCCAGAAAGCUGAGAGAGAUGUGUCCAGAAUGGUCGUUGUCAUGAUCUUGGCAUAUUGUGUCUGCUGGGGACCUUAUACAGGCUUUGCCUGCUUCGCAGCGGCCAACCCUGGAUAUUCCUUCCACCCUCUGGCUGCUGCCAUGCCUGCAUACUUUGCUAAGAGCGCCACCAUUUACAACCCUAUCAUCUAUGUAUUCAUGAACCGACAGUUCCGCACAUGCAUCAUGCAACUCUUUGGCAAAGAAGUGGAAGAUGCUUCUGAAGUAUCCUCAUCAAAGACAGAGGUCUCAUCUGUGGCUCCUGCAUAAACCUCCAUGUUCUCUUAUUUGGUGAAAAAAAACUAAGAACCAUUGUGAUAUGUACAGUAAAUAUGUUAUGUUUCAUUUAUUUUUAUUUUUUAGUAAAUAGCUCUCUGGCAAAUGAAAAAAUACAACAAAAAUAUUAAUGAAGUAAUUUUAUCAUUAUGUCACUGUUUAUUUUUUUCAGUUGACCAUAAAAGAUAUCAAGCACA